AUGCAUGCACCAGAAUUUUCUGAAUAUGUCAAUACAGCCCCAGCAGUUGUAGCUGCCGGUGAAUUUGUCGUUGGAAUAGAGUUUAACUCUAGAGAGGCUGUUAUUGCAUCAGUUAAAGAGUAUACCAUUCGAAGAGGAGUUGAUUAUAGGUAUUGUUGGGCGAUAAGGAGGUACAAUGGUAGUCACACGUGCACCAGAAGUACCAUAUCUCAAGAUCAUGCUAAACUGGACUCUGAUACAAUUGCAGAAGCGAUAAAGCCAUUAGUUGAAGCUGACCCGUCCAUAAAGGUGAAAUUUGUCAUUGCUGAAGUGCAAUUGAAGUUCAACUACACGAUAAGUUAUCGCAAAGCAUGGUUGGCCAAGCAAAAGGCAGUGGAGAAAAUAUUUGGUGGGUGGGAAUCUUCAUAUGAAGCUUUGCCCACAUGGUUUGAAGCAAUGGUUGCAAAAGAACCAUCAGCAGCUGAUGAGUAUAAAACUGCAUAUGGCUACCGAGGGGGUGAGUUAGUUGAAGAUCUCCGGAUUCUGACACGAGUCUUCUGGGCUUUCUACCCAUGCAUUAAAGCAUUCAGAAGUUGCAAGCCAGUAGUUCAGAUUGACGGCACACAUUUGUAUGAAAAGUAUAAAGGAGCUCUUUUAGUUGCAGUAUCACAAGAUGGCAAUGGAAAUAUCGUGCCUCUUGCAUUUGCCAUAGUCGAAGGUGAGACUGCCAAUGCUUGGUACUUUUUUCUUAGCCAUUUGCGAACACAUGUAGUUAAUCGGGAUGGUGUUUCCCUUAUCUCUGAUCGACACGAGUCAAUCAUCUCAGCUGUGGGUCGUAGUAAUGGAGCAUGGGAAUAUCCGAGAGCUAUUCACAUGUUUUGCAUCCGACAUAUAGCAUCCAACUUUUUGAGGAGUUUCAAGGCACCACUCCUGCAGAGGCUAAUUGUCAACAUUGGCUAUUCUAGAACAAUGCGUGAAUUCGAUAUGCGUUACCAGAGAUUAUGUGAGCGGGGGGAGGCUUACAAGCAGUGGUUAGACCGGAUACCUCGACAGCAAUAUGCCUUGGCAUAUGAUGGUGGACAUUGUUGGGGUCAUAUGAAAACUAACCUAGUGGAGUGCAUUAAUGGAGCACUGAAAGGGGCAUGCAAUCUUCCAGUCACAGCCUUUGUUAAGGCAACUUUUUACAGGCUAAAUGCGUUGUUCACAAGGAAGAGAUCUGAGGUUGAGGCUCGUAUAAGUGCAGGACAACUAUUCUCUGAAUAUGCAACUCAGAAAAUUAUGUCAAAUCAGCGCUCAGCUGGUAUCCACCGGCAGAGGCCCUAUUGUCGCAUUCGUAUCCAGGCCCACACAAGGAGCAACGCCAGAGGACCAUCCAUGUCCUUGCAAUCAUAUCUCGAUGCCAGACAUAAUGAUCGAUACAUGUGCUUGUGUCAAGCAGAACCCCAACUAAACUUAUGA